AUGAUUCCAAAGUUUGAGCAUAUUCUGAACGCGAUUGAGGAUGCUAAAGAUAUAACAACAAUGAUAGUCAAGUCAUUGUCUAGUUCAUUGAAAGCACAUAAAUUGAGGUUUAGUGACAAUGACAACAAAUUUGAGAAUUCGUUGGAACAACAUCUUCAAGUGCAAGCCUCUAUCGCUCCACUGCUGUUCUGUGUAACAAGAAGUAACCCUCAGCUUAUUGUGCCAUCAACCUCCACACCUCAUGAACAUAAACCGCUUUCCGAUAUCGAUGAUCAAGGCACCAUUCGAGUUCAUAUUCCAGUUUUGAUGUUUUACAGGAACAGUGUUGAAAGGAGAGGGGAAGAUCCAGCAAUGGCUAUCAAAGAAGGGUUAGCUAAAGCACUUGUUUUCUACUAUCCCUUGGCUGGUAGGAUUUUUGAAGGGGAGAAUGGAAAACUGAUUGUGAAUUGCAAUGGGAAAGGGGUUUUGUUUGUUGAAGCAAAAGCGAAUGUUAAGCUUGAGCAGCUAAGUGAGAAAUCCAUGCAGCCACCAUGUCCAUACUUGAAGCAACUCCUCAACAAUGUGCCUGGCUCCAAAGGGAUCAUUGAUUGCCCUCUCCUACUUAUUCAAGUAAUCCGUUUUACUUGUGGUGGCCUUGCAUUGGGAAUUCGGUUCAACCAUACCAUGAUGGAUGCCCAAGGGUUCAUUCAGUUUGUAACUGCAGUGAGUGAACUUGCAAAGGGUGCUUCAGCUCCUUCAACAUUUCCGAUUUGGGAGAGAGGCCUCUUAACUGCAAGGCCAACUCCAACCAUCACCUACGAACACAACGAGUUCAAGGAUUUUGAUCUAUCCAAGACUUCAAGAAAAAAUAUAUGUCACUCCCUCUUGAUCAAACGUUCUUUCACUUUUGGCUCAAGAGAGUUGCAAGCUAUCAAGGACCAAUGCCCUUCAAGUACCACAUUCGAGGCACUUUCUGCGUGCUUAUGGAAAUGUCGUACCAUUGCUCUCCGACCAGAUCCUAAUUCAAUAGUGCUAUUGACCAUUAUUGUCAAUAUACGAGAAAAGUUGCAAGACUCGAAACUGCCACUUGGAUACUAUGGUAAUGCAAUCGUAUCCCCUGCCACCAUUUCUAAAGGUCGGUAUUUGAGUGGUGAUCACAUUCUAUACGAUAUAGAUGUGAGAUUGCCUGGUGAGGUGCCGAUUAAAGCCGAUCGUACUGGCAUCUCAAAUUAUUCCCCAUUUCCCGGCCUUGUUUUAGGCCGUAGGCUCGCGGUGGCCAAGACGCACAUUUGCUAUCCGUUUGGACCUAUGAUGUCACUCAUCCGGGUCCAUAAUGUCAAGAGUGCUUUGGCAUCAACGCUUCAAGGGCUUGAUGAGAGGGUUACAGACCUGGCCUUCUUUGCAGAGGAUGUUCACCUUUUGGCUAGUGCAAGUGUUAAUGGGCGGGUUUAUAUAUGGAAAAUAACUGAGGAUGAGAACGACAAGCACGAGCCAGAAAUAACAAGCCAGAUAGUCAUUGCUAUUCAAAUUGUGGGAGAAGGAGAAUCUUUUCACCCACGAGUCUGUUGGCAUUGCGAAAAACAGGAAAUUCUUAUUGUUGGGAUUGGAAAAAGAGUUCUGAAAAUUGAUACCACACACAUUGGAAAAGGUGAAGUAUUUACAGCGAAAAGACCGCUGAGGUGUCCAGUUGACUGCUUGGUUGAAGGUGUCCAGCUUGUUGGUACUCAUGAUGGAGAAGUGACUGAUUUAUCGAUGUCUCAGUUGAAGACCACCACUCUUCUUGUAUCUGCUUCAGUAGAUGGCAUGAUAAAGAUUUGGGAGGAUCUCAAAUCAACCCCAAUUGCUGUACUGAGGCCACAUGAUGGCCAGCCUGUAAAUUCUGUUACAUUUUUUCGUCCUCCAGACAGCCCUAAGCACAUCGUACUAAUUACUGGGGGCCCACUUAAUCGAGAAGUGAAGAUAUGGUCAUCAGCAAGUGAAGAAGGCUGGUUGGUUCCAAGUGAUGCUGAGCCAUGGCACUGUACACAGACAUUAGAGCUGAAGAGUUCAGCUGAAACUCAAGUUGAAGACGCAUUUUUUAAUCAAGUUGUGGCUUUUCCACGAGCUGGUUUACUCUUAUUAUCAAAUGCCAAAAAGAAUUCUAUAUAUGUAGUGCACCUAGAAUAUGGUCCUAACCCGGCAGCCACAAGGAUGAAUUACAUUGCUGAAUUUACUGUUACUAUGCCAAUACUUAGUUUCACUGGGACAAGGGACCUACUGCCAUGUGAACAUGUAGUUCAGGUGUAUUGUGUUGAAACACAGGCUAUUCACAACUAUGCUCUGGACUUAUCACAGUGUUUACCUCCUCCAUUGGACAAUGUUGUGCUUGAGAGGUCAGAAUCUAGUACUGAACAAGAAUUUAAUACUUAUGUUGAUGCUUUAUGGGUUCGUCAUCUUCAAGAAGAAAGUGCAAAGCAGGAAAAGUUAUUAUGUGAGGACCUGCCAGGGCGGGUAAAAGAUAUAGUGAAGAAGGAAUUAAGUGCCUUUGUAGAGGCGAUAACACCCGUUAUAGAGAAAACAGUGUCCAAAGCUAUUUCAGAAGCUUUUCAGAAACAGAAGGGUGUUGGUGAAAACAAUCAAGUCUAAACUUCAAAAUUUUGGCAAGCAAGCUCUUUAGGAAUAACAGCGAUGGAAGAUCAAAGCAAAGUUUAUGGGUGCAUUUGCCGACGUUUCCCGGAGAGUCUCAAAGUAGAAAUGGGAGGAGUUUCAAAGUUCGGGCAGCAGAUUGUCUUGUUCGCAGGCAAUUGUGAAGAAGUUCAAACUAUAGACUUGUCAUUUGGUCAUUUCUUUGCAAGUGUGGUCUUUUUUAAAGCCUGUUUGGUCUUUUUUAGACUUGGUCAUUUUUAUAACAAGUUUGGUCAUUUUUUAGACUGUCA